UCCAUGAAGAAGAAUGUUGUUGUCAUGGCGGCGUUUUAAACUAAAGCUUUGUCUACAUUUAUUUGUGUUAUCCAGCUAAUUAAUUACUGCUCACAGAGAUCAGUCAAUUAGGAGAAUAAGGUCAUAUCAUAUUUAUUAUUAUUAGAUUUUAUAAUUGUCAGGAAUUCUCGAUUUAAUGGUGUAGUUUGCUGGCUAGUCUUCUGUUGUUAGCUGGCUAGUUAGGCGUGUUUUUGACAACUGAAAGUUUCUGACUUCCGGCUCGAUGAGCACAGAGUAUCAGAGGAGAUCCCCAGUGAGAGCAGCUGGGGGCAUAAAUAACUACAUGGAGAAUGGAACAUGGGUUAAAAAGGACAGUUUAGAUCGGAUCCCUGGACCUCAAACCCAGCUUUUGUUUAAUCUUGCCUUGCCAACCAAUGCCCUGAACCGAGCAACUCGAGUAAGUCCUCCAGGUCCUAUUGUGAUUGAGAAACUUAUGGCUCAGCGGGAGCAUCAGGACACUGGUGCGAGCUGUAGUAGCUCUUUACGCCUUUCUGUCCUCUCUGAGGAUCAACUACAGGCUGCAGUGAGACUAGCUAAAAAAGACUUGCGGCGAAAACGACAGGAAUCCAUAAAUAGUCUGUCACACAAGACAAUACCAAGGUCUCCAAGUCCAGAUAAGAAUAAAACUGACCGUCAGCAGAAUGGGCUUUCCCCUGAAGGUAGACAGAGGACAGGAAGUCUAAAGACAAAAUCAAGCCCACAGGUGCUUGUAUACACUCCUCAGAAGCUUUUUCCAAACUCAAAGGCUGAACAAGGACAGUCUCCACCAACUAGAGACCCUGGAUUAAAAGCCAUCAGCAGUGAGCCACAACUUAGCAGAGAGAUUCGCAAACUACAGAAGGAAUUGGAGACUUACGUCCAAAGAAUAGAGCAGCUUGUGAAUAAGGGACGAAUAGUGGAGAGUUUAGAGCCAGAUGAGAAGCGCAGGAUUGAGAUCCGCCAGCAGGAGCAGGCUGCUCGCUCUGCACGGAUUAUCUACGUAUUACAGCAGCAGGUGAAGGAAAUUCAGGAAGAUUUAGACAAGCUGCGUUCUCAGAGUGUAAGGACUUCCAAUAAGUGCAUUGCAGUGAACAGACUGGCAGCGGCUCAUCGAGGGGCAGUCCGAGCAAUGCAGGCGUUCAUUCAGCAGCUGUCAGACCCUGCUGAGAGCAGAGUACCUGUCCAGUGUAAAGAGCUGGGUCAGCUCAUACGCCAGCUCUCACUCUGCUCUGCCAAGGUGGAGGUUGGCCAGGGCUCAGCUGUCCCAGAGACGACACUGGACAUCCUGCAGAAGUUAGAAAUGCUGGAUUUGGCACUGAGUAAGCAGGAUAGUCAUCAGGAGCAGGAGUCACGCAUGAGGAGUAUCUCUCCUAUAAGAGAGAGGACAUCCAGGGUCAGUGGACGCAGCAAGUCCCUUAAUCGUUUUCCUCAGGCCCAGACUGCCAAAGCCACUCGACGACCAAAGAAAUCAUCAGCUCCAAAAAAGAACAGUAGAGCAGCAGGCCGGCCUUUGAAAGUAGGACAGAUCUUGGAUCAAGAGCGCAAGGAGGUUCUGAAGGCUGGCAUCCAGAACCUGGUGCAUAUGCAGGAACUGAGAGAGGGAGAGAGGCAGAGCAGGCCAGAAAUGGAUGUCCCUAAAUCAUCUAGUGGUUCCGCCCAUCGAGAUAAGUGCAAGCCUGUUCAUGUUCGUGAUGCUGGUUUCCAGCAACCCACUGUUUCAUCUAAGCUUAGAGAAAGCCAGCUACCACAGAGGGAGGUGUCAGUGCCCUGGAUCCCUACAUCUCCACAUUCUCCUGUGAAACAGCGCAGAGCUGUGUCCAGCAGACCAGAGCCAAGAUGUCUCUUCUCCCCAGUAAAGAACUCCACACAUCCCACAGAAGUGCAAGCGAAAAGCCAAAACCAGGGAAAGACCAGCACAGAAAACAUCAGAGAUGCUCAAAACCAGGCCCUCAGGCAAGCCUGGCUGGCUACAGUAACAGAAAAUAGACAGAGAGAACUGAAUCCACUCAGUCAAGAGGAAAUGGGGGAUUUUCACUCCCUCAGGGAAGAAGCGGGCACUCCUACACUGUGGACUGAGAGAGCAAAGCAAGAAACUAGAAAAAGACAUCAGCCUCUGCUGGACUCUGUGCAGCAGCUUGGUGGGAGUUGGGACAAAAUCAGUUCAUUCCGUACACAGCAGAUUUCGGAGCAGGCUGCUGAUAAGACUGCAGUAGGUACAGAUGUGGAGGACAUAGUUGGUGCUGGGCAAAAGGUGGGUGGGGAGAAUGACACACUACUGCUGGACCCUUUGCUGGACAAUAUGCUUCUGCGCAUGGAGGAGAUAGAGAAAGACGAGGAGGAAGUACGGCGGCGUUUUGCUAUGAUUUCUUACUCUGACCCUCUUCUCUGGGACAUGGACACAGGAACCCAGAGAAAACAUAAUCGCUCCAGGCCUGCAUCUCCACAACCCAUAAGACUGACUAAACCUGCUCAGAGACACUCUGCUACAGGAGACAUUGUCUUACAGAAACCAGUGGAGACAGGUGUAGGGUCAGAAAGCUCCAUGCUGGAUGAGGUACCACCUGAUACUGUUCCCAGCUGUCCACCCACAGAGCAAGCACAAAAGAUAGGAGGGGUUCGGCUGAAUGUCCCCUGCAGCAUUCAGAAGAACAUCCAGCAAUACAGGAAGGAGUAUGAUUCCUACCUGCGCCUGGUGUCCCAUGCAGCAGUGGGAAGUUUUAACCCCUGGGCUGUAGCAGAAAGUUUGGCUGAGGAGCUGAUGAUGGAGGCCUUGGCUGACGUGGCAGAAGAGUUCCAGGAUGUUUGUGAAGAGUAUGCAGAAGCCAUCUUCACCUCUGAAUUUCUCCAACCAGUUCAGACUCCUUCUCCAUCUGUGUCACAGCAAUGAGACCAAUAGAACCAGUAAACCUUUUAUUUAUGGGUGCUUUUUUUAGUGCUUUAGGCAGUUGAUCUCAGGAACACACACAGGGUUUUAGCAUGGAGGUAAUAAAUGUGAAUCUUGUUUGCCCCUCCCAGUAGCCUGCCCCAUUUCUUAUUUUUUUUUUUAUUAAAUCAUUAUCAUAAAUUGCCUCUUCCAUAUAUAACUUAGAUGAGAUCUUUGCAUUUUAUUAUACAUAUGGGUUGGUGGCCAGGCUCCAGGACACUGGGCCUGUGUUUUUAUUAUAUUUUUUUAAAUGUAUUAUUAUUUUCUGAUUUUUAGAUGUUUAUACACUAUACUUGAGAGAUUCCUGUUUUUGUCCUCUGUGCCUGUUCCCACUGACCCUAGAUGUUUUACUGUCAUGUAAUUUUAUUUAAUUUAAUUUUACUAUUACUUAACACUGUAAUUACGUAUUAAAUAAUAGUAGUAUGUUAAAUUAUUACAUGUGUUUUAGACAGGGUGGCUGAUGGGCAACAGGCUUGUCAUGGGUGAAAAGUAAUGUAAAAAAUUAGCCAUUAUUGUAUUGAAUAUGUGUGUAAAUAUAUAAUGUUCUUUAUAAAAGAAUGUUUCAUACAGAGUCUUCCUUGCUUGUGCUAUUCGGGCAACAAAGUUAUUCCAAAUGACUUCUUUCAAGGUUUAAAUACAUUAUAUUUAUUUACACACAAAAUAAUGCCUCAUUUAUAAAUGAAAUAAACCAUUUUUA